ACUGAGAGGAAGACGGAGAAGAAGAAAACUUGGACGAGAGGAGGUCCGCCUCAGGUCGCUCUCUUCAGAUCUCUCUCUAAAAACAGGCGUAAAGUUCUCAGUUUGGUUCUUUUUUGAGCGAUUCGUCUUUCUCUGACGCUCCAACACCUUCUCUGCGCUGCUUCCCCUGAGAGCGUACCUCAGUGUGUGUUGGAGGGCCGCAGGGCAGCGAUGGCUCCACGAGUGGACGACAUCGUGCGUCUGUGCUGCGAGAUCUCGGCUCAGGAUCAGAUCAAGGUGGCCGUGAAGAGCUCGGCUCAGGCGGCCGCCAUGGCGGGGGGCGCCGCCUUCAUGGGAGGGAUGUUCGCCGGACCCCCGGGGAUCGCCGUGGGCGGCGUGGCGGGCAGUCUGCUCGCCGGCUGGUGGGCCAGCGGAAAGUUCCGGCCCCUCCCUCAGAUCCUGAUGGAGCUGCCUCCGCAGCAGCAGAGGAAGCUCUACGACGAGGUGAUGGCGGUGAUGGGGACCCUGGACUGGACGGACUUUGCUCAACUCGUGGCCCUGGUGAUGAGCAGCAGCUCGUUGCAGCAGCAGGUCACGGCCGCCCUCCUCAACUACGUCACCAAAGAGCUGCGAGCCGAGGUCAAGUACUCGGACUGAAGGCCUCAGCGCUCUGAGAGGACCUCCGACUCAGAACCAGCUGCUUCUGGAACUUUGAAACGCUGCCGUUGGUCCUGGAUUGACACCACCACAAUCCACUGGAUCGCAGCUUCGUCCCAAACUGAGCUCCACAUAUAAAACCAGCAGCGUGCCUCAACGCUGCCUUAUCGCUCGUAUUUAUGGGAUCCGUUCUGAGUCAGUGUGAACGUGGUUGUUCCAGGAAGAGGCUGAAAGAGAAACGUACUGCCAUCAUGACCCUGAGACUUUUUAAUGACAACUCAACUUUUAUUUCUAUGAAUCUGAUAAAAGUCUGAAUUCAAGGUGGUAAUAAUCUAUUUUUUCUUAUUUAUAUACUUUCUUCAUGUGUGUAUUCAUCUAGGAUUUGUUUUUUUUUUGUUU